GAGCUGCAUAUUUUAAGAGAUAUGCGAUGACGUUCAUCGAUCUCUUAAAAUUGCUGCCUGCUCAUAUGAAACCGUUCCGUCACCAUAGACGCUAACUGUUUGUGGUGCAUUCGACGACGACUGAACACAGCCCCGACUCAAAGCAUCGUACUGUGUGCACAGCCUCACGGGAGCAUUUUCGUCUCUAUAUAAUCAUAGAAAACUCCAAGAUAUCGGGAAAAUGGGCAGAUUCUGAUUCAGACUAUAAGCUAUGGACUCGAAGCACAAAGAUACAAAGGCGCACGCUCAGACGCAAGAGCAAGGGCAGAAUUACGACCGAGAGAACUCACUUGACCGCGAUGACGAGUUGCCCUCAUAUCAAGACUGCACUCCCGGACCCUCAAACAUUUAUCCACAAUCAACUGGAGCAAGCGCAACACCAACCAUUGGGCCCACAGUAUCACAGCCGUUCAAUUUUCCUUUGACCAAUGAAGCAUCACCGCCGGACUACAGUUCACCGUCAGCGAUCCAACGGCCGAUCGCCAUCCCUCAACAAUGGGCUGAUCUAUCCUCUCCGUUUCUGCCGGCGUACGCCCCAAUUUUGCUCAACUAUGGCAUCCCAGCGAGCAGCUGGUACUCCUUUCUGGACACCGUGUCAGCUUUCCUGACCGAUACGGUGGGCAAGAGAGCCGUGCGCCAUGCCGGCGACAUCGCCGCCUCCGUCGGUCGUGUGCCGAAACAGUUCGGCAAGGAGGUCGUCGCCAACUUUAAGGAUACGGUCAAGGAGAUUGGCUACCAAGCGAAGCGUGGCAAUCCCAUCGGUGUCGUUAGCGGUGUCAUUGGCGGCGCGGUGGGCUUGAGUCUUGGUACCGCUACCAAAGUCGUCGGUAGCGUGUUUUCGUUGCCAGGAGCCGCUGUCGCUGCAGGUGCCAAUCCCAAAACACCUCUUGAGCGGGUGCAGGCGUACGCUCAGGCUGCGAACAAGGACUGGUUUCACAAGCGAGGACUGCAUGCUCACAUACUAAACACCGCGCUCCUGGCAGAUCUUGUUCACGUGCCUACACAUCAUAUACUAGACGCGGUGAAUGCAACGUCAGACGAUCCCGAAAACGUGAUGAAAGCGUUGCGAGAUCUUAUUGAAGGCGUUGAGCUUCGGAAUGACCCGGUGUCAAAGUCAAAUGUGGAGGUGGAGUCUCAGCUGUCACCGUCUGGAUUUCCGGUCGAGAAGAAGUCAUCGGUUGAGCAAGAUGAGCAUCCAAUUGCUGGGCCGAGCACAGCAAGCCGCCCACACGCGAGCUUGGCGAAAGAAGAAAAAAGCGGCGUCAGAUUGAAAAUAUCGCCGACAACACUGUGGUUGGUAGUAGUCAGAGAAGAUCUUCACGAGCAGCUCGCGAAAAAGUGAUUCAUGUUAAGGCAUCAAUUCAGUGGAGGCAGAGCGAAUUCGUGUGAUAAAACAGUAGGAACUACCGGGAUUCUUGAUAUGUACAUUCGAUAUUUUGCAUACCAUUUUGACUCCUCCGUCAAGAUAAGCUGUGUGCAGCUUCGACUUCCGCGCGGGAAAGCUUAUGACAUCUCAACAUGGCUAGUGUAUACAGAUCCCUUUCG